UUCCACCAUCACUAAUAGUGCGAUCGAUAACCACAUCGCGUUCCGAUAGACCCGUUCUUCUUUAAGCGCGUCAAUUUAUUUAUUUAUUUUAUAACAAUUUAAUUUGUUAAAAUGCCUGGGAUUCAGAUGUCAGAUUACCUGCGAAAAUAUUUGGCCGACGAAGAUGAAAGCAUUCGUGCUAUUUGCAAUGAUCCCGACUGUGACGGCAAAAUGAUAAUGUGGAUGCACAACAAGACGCGAAUAACCGAGCAGGAUCUCGCACGGGAAUACACCGAGGAUGAAGUUAGAGAGCUGUGCCUGAGGACCAAGAUAAAAGUCAAAAUGACAUUGUACAAUUGCCUUUGGGACGCAAAGAAGCGUUUCGAUGCAAAAAAGCGCCUGGAGAACAAGCCCGAGAAAUUUGUCAACGGCAUGUACUUGAAAGCGGUGAGAAAGAAGAUGGUUGAACCGUAUCCGGAGGGUUAUAUUGCAAAUCACAGAGACGUGAUUAGAGCUCAGACCAAAAAGUUGAACAACCAUAGGCUGGAUAGAUGGCAUGGCAAGAAGAGUAAUAUGGAAUCCGCUCCAGAUUGGGAGUCCUCAGAGAAUCUAGAUAGCCAAGGGAUGCAGGAAUCUGAGGACACCUUUGGUUCGACCUAUGACUCAGACGACAAGGAGGAAGAGUCGCCGCAAAAGGCGCCAGCGGACCCAAAACCUGUUGCAGAGCCUACAGUAGCCGCUGCCCCAGCUGGUCAAGAUGAAAGUCUAGCGGAAGCGCUAGAGAUGUCUUCGGAAUCCGGUCUUUGUGGCAUUGGAGAUCAGGAGGAUGAGGAGGACCAGCAGCAGCAGCAGUCGCAGCCAGCUUCCCAUCCCCAGAACGUCGACUGUGCGGCUACACAGAUGGAUGAAAGCUGGGUACGUUUUGGCGCUCAAAUAAAUUCGGAAAGCAUGUCGAUUGGAGAGUCAAUUAAUUCGGAGGACUAUCCAAGUACCCAAAACUCAGAGAUGGACUACCUAACCUUCAACACCCAGGUAACCGCAUCCACCCAGGAGUCUGCCAAAUGAAAUUAAGGUUGAAUGUUUAAAAUCCUA